UUGGAAAACCACAAUUAAAAGAGUGAAGAAGAAGAAGAAGGUAGCAAUCAUAUGGUAUCUAAGAUAGUUUUGUUGGGGUGGGCGGUUCAGUUUAGUUGGAGUGUUUGUUAUGGCGUCGUCGGAUCGAAAGCUCAUUGUGGUGUCCGGAUUUGGGCCAUUCCUUGGCCAUGAAACGGUCAACGCCAGCUGGGAAGCUGUGCAACUCUUGCCAGAUAUCAUAACGCACGAUGGCAUGGAAUAUGAUCUGGAAAAGCGAUUGGUUUCGGUGGAAUAUGGGGCUGUGGACGAGUCAGUGACAGAGAUUUGGAAACGUCAGCCAUAUCUGGUCAUCCAUGUCGGUGUUUCGGGCGUUGCCAAAUGUGUCUACAUCGAGAAACUGGCGUACAAUCACAAGUUUCGAAGAGCUGAUAAUUGUGAUAAAAAACUGGCCAACGGUAGCUGCGAACUCCAAAACAAUGGACACGCAAAUGUCUUGAAGACAGAAUUAGAUGUAGAUAAGAUUGUGGCGGUUGUAAAUGAGAACUGCGCCGAUUGUGUGGCACCCACGCAGCAGCCUCAUAAUGAUAAUCUCAAAACCCCGAGCGCCACAAAGGCAUCCAAAAAUGUGGGUGACUUCCUCUGCGGCUAUAUCUAUCUGAAGUCGCUCGAUAUGGACCGCAAACGUAGCCUGUUCGUCCAUGUACCACCUAUUGAUAAGCCUUUUAGUAGUGUUAAGACUUCGGAAAUACUUUUUAGUAUAGUCGAACAAUGCGUUCAACAGGUGGUUGCUUUUGACUCCUGACUUCCGCAUGAUAUUCUUCCAAUGUCUGUCCUUUGUUUAACAAAGGAGUUUUAUUUUUUUAAGAUACAAUAAUGCAUAUUUACUUUAUAUUACAAUGAAACAGAAAGGCAAUACAACUGCAAUAAUAAUUAAACACGUUUGUACAACA